AUUGAAAUCCUCCAUUCACCAUGCCCAGCGAUGCGGCCAGUACCUUGUCACUACCGGACCAGGUGACACUCCUCCUCACGACCUCGCCCUCGCCAUUCCAUCCUCAAACGACCCUCAUAGAAACGGUUUUAGCAUCAUUGCGGCACUCGUCGGGCCUUGAGAAAUGCAGUUUGACAGUUUUCUUCGACGGUUAUAAGACCAGCAGCAAUCAAAGGCUGAAGCAAGGGUGGGUUAGCGAUACUCUGUCAAAAGCGUACGAGGAGUUUUACGUUGCGGCUCUGGACGUUUUGCGACAAUGGGUCGCUAGGAAGACGGGAGAGGAAUACCUGUGGAGCGCAGAAGACGUAAAAGUCCUAGCGGGUCCCAGACUAGGGAUUCCAGCCGUGAUGUACACGCUCAAAUCCACAACAACGUCCCACAUGCCCCUCCGCACUAUCCGCGCGAAGGAAAAUCUGGGAUUUGCGCUGGCGGUGCGGGCGGCUUUGCAAUACGUCCAAACGCCGUAUACACUGGUGUUGCAGCACGACUGGGCUUUCAUCCACGAUGUCCCGGUUGCAGAGCUGGUUCAGCUGAUGAUUGACAAUUCAUCGGAUGUCAAGUACAUCACGUUCCCAUCGGUGCGCUCCCUGGACUAUACACAUCGCAAACGCCAUAACGAUCUGCCCUGCUCAAUACCGUGCGCAUACUCCAUACCCGUGACACCCUUGUUUUUCUUCUAUGACAAACCGCAUCUGUGUGAGUCAGCACAUUACAAAGAGAACAUCUUUGGCCAGAAGUUCUUUCGGAGGGGCGACUUCAUCGAAGACACCUAUGGGCAACACAUGCUGAACACCAUUAAAGCGCCGAAAGAUGUUCAGGGGAAGCUGGCUGCGUGGAAGGAGUUUGGUACAUUUAUGUACUAUCCGGAUAACGGGGCUACUAGGAUACUGCGACAUGUGAAUGGACGGUUAGGGUACUUGCCAGAGGGGCAGAAGGAGAAGUGGUUGAGCGAUGGGCAGCAUAGGCAGGCAGCUCGAGCACAACGACUGGCCGGGAAAGACGAUGAAGAUACGGAUGAGGAGUUCGAUUGGGAUGUCGUAUUAUUGGAGGAGGACGAGGCGAACGACAACUAGGAGCGCGAUCGGAAGCUGUCACCCUUGCAAAAUGACUCGACGGGGCGGACCUAUCCCAUUCGCGGGAGAGUUGAGCAGCCCCUUUUGGCGUAUACCCACAUAGAGAUAUAGAUUUCUCAUCACCACUUGCCGUGUAAUGGUGGUGAGAAAGCGGACCAUAGGUUCGGACUUGAGUAGACGGGAGCAGAAGGAUUUGAUAUCGUUAUUUUCGAUUACUUAUAUCUCGCAUACGAACCAUACGAUCAAAU